AUGCUACGCCGUUCGCGAAACUUUUCUCCAGCGUCAACGAAGACUUGUCCUGUCCAGUCCCAGGCCACGAUUUUCGUAUCGCUUCUCACCACAGGCUUUGGCGCGAUCCAGCUUGGCUCCGCGACAGCCUUCACCAUCCUGGUCAGCUCCUUUAUCACCCUCACAACUUUCUCCUACUUCCUGGCCAUCUUUCCGCACAUCUUGACGAGAAGGAGAACGGUACCUCCGGGACCUUUUUGGAUGGGUGGGAUGGCUGGCUAUCUGGUCAACAUCAUCACCUGUGUCCUGAUAGUCUUUUUCAAUGUCUGGUUCUGCUGGCCAUUCGCAUAUCCUGUUACGGUUGAUUUGAUGAACUACAACUCGGUCAUCCUGGUAGGAAUCGUGGGUUUGACACUCUUUUGGUGGUGCGUGCAUGGCAUCGACUAA